AUGACAAAGAGAGCUACGUUGGCCAAGUGGAAAGGAAACUAUGCUACCAAGCUGAAGGUGAUUUGUUUUCAGCAAUCAUACCACUAUAAUAUUACAGAAAAUACUGAAAUUGCCCUCAAGCUUGUGGUCAACACCUCAUCUCUGACCAUCCCUGAGGGCCAGUCCAUGCAUCUACACUGUACUGCUGACAGCAACCCCCCUCCAAGGCUGGCCUGCUUUCAAGGGUCCUCAACUUGA